UGUGCGGGGGCUGGGUGGGUGAAUCGGUUCAGUUGCCUUGGAGCCGAAUUCGAGCAGUAGAUACCGAGCUAGCUUCGAGUGCAAAUGGCGUAUGACGGGCUCUCGUUGGACGUUUGGUGCAGCACAUCGUUCACAGUCACAGUCGCAGACUCCUUUUUUCGCUUCUGUUUACAGCAGCCGCACGUUUGACAGGACAUCACAUCUUCUUCUUUCAGUUUGUGUAGGCCAGCUGCACUGCACAGGGCAUCAACUCUCAUCGAUUUCGUGUGCCUAUGUGUGUGUGAGAUUGGUGUUGUGUAGGUGCAUGGUGCCGGUUUUAUCGGAAAAAUUGAAUCGGCUGAAAAUUCAGUGUGUUACAGUGUGUAGUGUGUGUGUGAUCGGCGGCGUGGUGGUGGUGGUGGUGGAAGCAGGAAAAAAUAGGAUCAAAGAUGGCCGCCCGGUGGACAUCUUCUUCGUCGACGUCUGCGAAGAAUGAGAAAUUCCAGCACACGAAACUGGACGAAAGCAAGGAAUCGCUCAGCUUGUUGUCGAUCCUCCGGGCGUUUGAUGGUCCGGUGACUGAAGAACGAGCCUGGGCAAUUCUUUACCAGUCGGCCAAGACGGGCCUUCAGUGUUUCAACAGUGCCAAUCCUCCUCCUCCUCCUCCUACGACUUCUCGUCACAACAACAACAACCAACAACAGUCUCACCAACAGCAUGCCAACAACAACAUUCACAACUUAACGGAUAAAAGUGAAAACGAGGUGAUGAAGUGCGUCGUCGUCGGUGAAACUUCUCACCUCUGGAUUCAUCGCGACGGUCACGUUCACCCGCACUCGUUCCAGGAGGCCGCCGAUUCCAUCGAAGCUGAAAGGCGGACGGUAGCCGAGUGUCAAUCACAGUUGGUCUCGGGACUGGGCUGGGCCCUCUACGAGGCGCUGGACUACGGCUGCAAACAAAACGAGCAGAACAUCCUCAGUCCCGACCUGGAGCAAAUGAUUGACUUCCUCACGUCGGCCGAUGAAGGUGAAUGCCAGUCGGCCGAGGAUGAAGGCAUCGAACAGGAUUCCGGUGAAGCCGAAGAUUCUGCAGCGGCGGCGGCAGCAGCUUCCGUCUCUUCCACAUCGACGACUUCCUCUUCCAGCGCCUCUGCCGCCGUCGCUGCGGCUGCUGCUGCCGCCUCCGCGAUGACGUCAUUAUCGCACGUCAUGGAUCGGUGUCGCAUGCAAAUCAGCAGCACAGCUUCGUCGAACCAGGCGGACGCCCAUUUUCGAGCCGUUUGCCGCGCCCUCGUCGCCGAGACGCUCGAGUUUUCAGACUUUCUCGUCAAAGUCUCAUCAGCACCUGAGGAUUGGCGGGAACUGAGAAACAACAAAUCCGAAACCCAUUCGCAUGAGCUGACGGAACUCCAUCUGGCCGACUGGGCGAAAUUGUGGGUGCAGGUGAUCCGUCAGCUGCGUAACGGGGUAAAGUUGAAGUCGGCGUCGGGAGGCGAAAGCGCCCGCAAACCGUACGAAUACGAACUGACGCCCUACGAGAUGAUGAUGGAUGACAUCCGAUCGAGACGCUACAAAUUGCGUCAGGUCAUGGUGGAUGGGACCAUUCCGCCCCGCGUCAAGAAAGACGCACACGCCGUCAUCCUGGAAUUCAUCCGAUCUCGCCCACCUCUCCGCAAGGCGUCGGAGAGGAAGCUGAGGCCGCUGGCUCGUCGUGUUUCUACGCCGGUCGAGUUGCUCAUGGAGUCGAUCCGGCAGCACGAUUCCAAGGAAUUGAAGCCCACUCGAUGCCUCCUGGUCAACCGAACAGAGAAUGUGACGGCCACGAUCCUGACGCCAACGAAGCGGAAAUUAUUGAAAGCCGAUCAUUUGCACGACGAACUGGAAGAGGAUGAAGACCUGGAACUGCCGCCUCCGUCGCCACCCAGACGCUACGACUACAUGGCGGAUCCGUUCACGUCGUGUUCCAGAUCGGAAUCGUCGACUCCCCUCAACUCCAAAAUGGAUUGUAGACGUCGAGACCACUCUGGCAUUCCACUCCAUCAUCAACGAGACGAGUCGCCGUCGAGGAGGCACAGUCUCACCGUCCUGCCCCCACCUCUCACAAGGACCGUCAGCAAUCCUUUCCUCAAGAGGCAUUCACAAAUCAGUUCCUACGGCCGCAAAGGGCCCGAUCCCCGAAUGACUUUGAAUCCAGCCAACCUUUCAAGCGAUCAGCCGGGAUCGUUGCCCUGCUCGGGUCCGUCUUCGUCGACUUCAUCGUCCUCUGCGUCGCUUCACUCGCCGCCCGGCUCGCCGACUCACGCCGGCCACCUUCAGGAUGAUUUCGUCCGCUCGAAGGAAUUCCAGCAAGUCGUCCAGGGCAAAUUGGUCACGUUGGAAGAGCUGGUCCACAUGAGACGGGUCUUGACGGCCGCAUCGCUCGACAACCUGCCACUAGACUCGUCCAUCAAGGAUGACGUCACCAACGGAAAGGUUUGCUUCGUGUGCCGAAAGACUCGCUUCUCCGUUUUUGGCUCGUGGUGGCACAACUGCAAACUCUGCCGACAGACCAUCUGCACCAAAUGCUGUACCAAGAUGAGGAUCCCGUCGGACCAGUUUGAUACGAUCGAUGUGUCAGAGGUAUCUUGGUACCGUGGAGCCAACUCUGACAAAUUGGAGCAGCAGUCGCCGGCCGUCACGUCCUCUCUCUUUUCGGCUUUUCAAUUGAAAUUGCCGCAGUUCCGCAUCCGCUCGCCCAACAACGUUGGAUCGUCUAGCAACGGAGUCGACGGCUGCGAGAGCUCCGAGUCGACGCCGACGUCGCCGGUGCUCGCCCGUCACGGCUCGGAGAGACGCAAACAGACGCUGGCGCAGCCUCCGCAGAAAUUCUCUCACCAGACACUGUCUCGCCAUCAAUCUUUGUCAGCCAACAACACUCCCGUCAGAAAGUUGCUUUCGGCUCAAGCUUCCAUCGGUCCGUCGCUCCAACUGCCGCAGCAGCAGCCAACCCACAAGAAAUCGUCGUCGUCGGGUAGUGACUGCUACGUCUGUCGGGAUUGUCAGACGUUGAUUGAAAAUAUCAUCUACAACCCGGUUCACACUGUGACGCAUUGUGACCGGGGUCCUUCCAUCCACGUUUCGCUUCCGUGAGAAUCUUCUCCAAGUUUUAUCUCCUCUCCUCAACACAUUUCCAUCCUCUCAUUCCAACCUAAAUAUUCAUUGGAAACACACACACACACACCCACACACACGUCAACACGUCAGAACACGAAACAUAAACACAACAGUUGAUUGAAAUCGACGGACGACGACCAAAAUAUUUCUCUUCCUCAUUCCGGUGCUUUUGAUUUGGGGGGAAUUUCUAACACAAUUUGAAACAAAACAAAAAAAUGAAAUAUUGAUAAAAAAUGCAAAAAAGACAAAAAACAAUUAACGCACAGCGCGCGCUAGUCAAGCUAUAAGAAAAACAAAUUUCAAUUCCAACUCUACGACGACUUUGAUGAUUCCAAAAUUCUCAACCAAGACGAAAGUACACUUCUACACACUACUACCAUCACCACAUUGAAAAAUUAUCUAUUUGAGUAAAGAAAAGGCCAACAAUUCUCUCUGCCCUUACGGGGCCCUUUCUACUACAUGAUAAGUAUGGAAAGAGUUAUGAAACUAAAAAAAAACAACCUUGUAUUUACUUCACACCUUGAAAGAAAAAAAAUUACUAUUUCUCCUGUACAAAAUUCGUUGAUUCUAUAUCCAGCUACAAAUCAUUCCUCUUCUUCUUCCUCUUUCUUUCUUUGCCCUUCGUGUCCCUUACGAACGAAUUAUGCAUCCCCCCGUUUUUUCCCAUCGAGUGGCUGCCGCGUAUUUUUUUUUAACAAAUAAGAAAUUUAAAUGUCCACAUUUUUUGAAGAAAAUGAAAAUCCCGAAAAAAAAAUUAAAAAAAAAAGAAAAGAUGUUUUUUUUUGUCCCCCACAUUGGUGCGGCAGCUCGUGUUUAUUUUUUGGUUUGUUUAUUUUUUUUAUGUCUUUGUGUGUCUCCCGUCUCUCUCUCUGCAUCAUUCAUCAUGUCUUAAUGUAUAUUUGCGAGCCUCCUAGGAAAUAUACACACGUAUGUGUCUCGAAAAUUCUA